ACAAACGAGUGUAGCAUUGAAAUGCCCGAUCAAACAUGGAAAUGGAUGAAAUUUAACAACUAUAAACAUCAGCUGAAAGCACCAUUUGUUGUUUACGCUGAUACUGAAGCGUAUCUGAAGGAGCUCAGCAUGGAAUAUCAAAAACGCAUAUUUAGUGAGGAAUGUGCAACUACCGCAUAUCAGCAGCAUCAUAUGUACAGCGUUGGAUAUUACUUUAAAUGUGAAUUUGACGAUUCAUUUUCAUAUUACCGAAGUAGCGGCAAUCGUACCGAUAGCGUCGAAUGGUUCAUCACAGAAUUGAAGGAAAUCGCUCAUGGAGUUGCAAGGCUAUUUGAUGAAAACACAACAAUGCUACCGUUAACUAAAGUUGAGAGACAUGCAUUCCACGAUCCAAAUGCAUUAUGUGCAAUUUGUGGUGAUAUUUUUGGAGCAAAUGAUAUUAGAGUACAUGAUCACUGCCAUCUCACCGGCCGAUAUAGAGGUCCAGCCCAUCAAUCAUGCAACUUACAGUUCCAAGAUAGCCACAUUAUACCCGUUAUUAUGCACAAUUUGUCGGGUUACGACUCACAUUUAUUUAUAAAAGAGUUGGCAGCAAAUAAUAUUAUAAAUGGAGAUGUUUCAAUUAUUCCAGCUAAUGCGGAACAAUACAUCGCUUUCACGAAAGUAGUGACAGGGAGCACACGUGGGCUCAAUACGAGAGAAAACGUAAAAUUUAAAUUCAUUGAUUCAUGUCGAUUCAUGCCUACAUCUCUAGCUGAAUUAGCAUCACUACUACCAGCAGAUAAAAAACAAAUAUUGUAUAAUGAAUCUGAGAAAAAUGGCUACACACCAGAACAAAUCGCUAUGCUUGAACGUAAAGGAGUUUUUCCUUAUGAAUAUGUGAGCGGUAUGGAACAGCUGAAGGAGACAAAUCUACCAUCAAAAGCAUAUUUUUACAGCAAACUUAGUGGAGAAGGAAUAUCGGAUGACGAUUACCAAUUUGCUCACGAUAUCUGGCGGAAGUUCAACUGUAAAACGCUCGGAGACUAUUCUGAACUGUAUCUAAAGACAGAUGUGCUACUGUUGGCCGACGUAUUUGAAAAUUUCCGAAAUACAUGCCAUACAAUUUAUAGUUUGGAUCCUGCAAACUACUAUACAGCUCCAGGUCUUUCGUGGGAUGCCAUGCUCAAAUAUACCGGAGUGAGAAUUGAACUGUUAUCUGAUGUGGAAAUGUUGCUGUUCAUCGAACGUGGAAUUCGCGGUGGCAUAAGUCAGUGCAGUAAACGUCAAGUUAAAGCCAACAAUAAAUAUAUGGGAGAUGUAUACAAUGAUGAGAAACCGUCAAAUUAUUUAAUGUAUUUAGAUGCAAAUAAUCUGUAUGGACACGCAAUGUCGCAGCCAUUACCGCUGAGAGAUUUCAAAUGGAUUGAUGACAACAUUGUAAAGACAUCUUUUUCGAAUGCAGAUAAAAUAGCUAAAUUAGCUGACGAUUCGGAAUAUGGUUAUAUCUUUGAGGUGGAUCUACAAUAUCCAAAAAAUUUACAUGCUACACAUAAUGAUUUUCCAUUUUGUGCUGAAAAGCGAACGCUUCCGCAAGAAGUGUUCGAUAUUAUCGGCAUAAAACCGAAUAAAAUCGAUAAAUUAUUGUUAACGUUAUACGAUAAAGAAAAUUAUAUCAUUCAUUAUCGCAUGCUCAAAUUAGCAUUACAACACGGUCUAGUGUUGAAAAAAGUACAUCGAGUACUUAAAUUCGAACAAAAUUGCUGGCUAAAGCCCUACAUCGAUGUUAACACAAAGCUACGUACGCAAGCUACCAACGACUUUGAAAAGUCGUUUUUUAAAUAUAUGAUAAACUCCGUUUUUGGUAAAACGAUGGAGAAUCUGCGUUUACGUGCAGAUAUCAAACUUGUCAACAAGUGGGGUGGGCGAUGUGGUGCAGGCAUGUUAAUUGCUCGACCAAAUUUCAAGAAAUUCAAAAUUAUCGAUGAAGAUUUAGCAGUAAUUGAGUUACAAAAAACACAUAUUAAAAUGAAUAAACCAAUAAUUAUCGGUAUGUCCAUCUUAGACAUAUCGAAAAUAACGAUGUACAGUUUUCUGUACGACUUUUUAAAACCUGAAUAUGUAAAAAAUUGUACGGUUGCCUAUACAGACACCGACUCUUUCAUACUUUCAAUUCAAACGGAUGAUUUCUACAAUGAUAUGAAGCAACAUUUGGAUCGCUACGAUACAAGCGAUUAUCCGGAGAAGAAUGUUUUCAAAAUGCCUCAAAGGAAUAAAAAAGUGCCCGGUCUUUUUAAAGACGAAUUAAACGGAGAGAUUUUAGCAGAAUUUGUCGGUCUACGCGCAAAAUGCUACGCUGUACUACCGUUUACAGUUAAAAUGAGAAAGUGUGAAUGUCCAGAAAGAUCUGUCGCACCUCGCGUUAUAACAGAUAGUGACUAUGUUGACUGCAUCGAAAAGAAUUGUAACAUCGAUAAAAAAUCUAAAGUUAUUAAAAAGUCUAAGGGUAUCAAAAAGAAUAUAGUGAAACGUAGAAUUGCAUUUAGCGAUUAUGUUGACUGUAUCGAGAAAAAUUGUAAUAUUUCACGUGAACAGCAUAACCUUCGCUCGAAAUCACAUCGAAUAUUCACAAUUAAACAGAAAAAAAUUGCCUUAAAUCCGUUCGACGAUAAGCGUUACCUUAUUCGUUCGAAUGGUAUUAAUACACUAGCUUGGGGCCAUCAUGAAAUUAGUGGAAUUGAGAAAAAUUAAUGUGAGGUGAAACGAGAAUUUUCAUAUAAUUUUAAGCAAAAAUAGUAAUUAAUAUACAAAA